AUGGUCCAUACAUUUGCAUCUCUGACUGUUCAUAGACGUGAGCAACCUUACUUCGAAGAUCAACAACAUGCUCCAGAAAUGUAUGAUGAAGAAGAAGAAAGGCGUGGAGAUAUAAAGGGUAUUAAAGAGAAUUUUAAGAUUCUUGAGAAGAAAAUGAGGGCAAUGGAAGGUGACCAAGUCUUUGGUGUUGCCGCUAGGGAGAUGUGCCUAAUAUCCGGUCUUGUAAUUCCUGUGAAAUUCAAGACUCCUGAUUUCGAUAGAUACAAGGGCCAUACAUGUCCUAAGAGCCAUCUUGUUAUGUACUACCGGAAAAUGGUUGCCCAUGUUGAAGAUGAUAAGCUCAUGAUGCACUUCUUUCCGUACAGUUUGAAGGGUGUCCCCUCUAAGUGGUACAUAAGCCUCGAUCAGAGUCAUAUCCGGUGCUUCCAAGACUUGUUUGAUGCUUUCAUAAAGCAUUACAAAUACAACAUGGAUAUGUCUCCAUACAUAACAGAAUUGUUGAAUAUGUCUCAAAAAGACAACGAGUCAUUUAAAGAGUAUGCACAACGCUGGACACAGAUGGCCUCUCAGGUUGAACCACCUUUGGCAGAAAAAGAAUUAGCCGAUUGGUUUAUGGAUACUGUACAACCAAUGUUCUAUGAGAGGAUGGUGGGUAGGGUGUCUGCAUGUUUUUCUAACUUGGUAGCUAUAGGCGUUAAAGUUGAACUCGGUUUAAAGAAUGGAAAGAUGAUCAGCACUGUUGGAACUUCUAAUAACAAUAAUGCUAAGAAGUUUCCCGGAAAUUUUCAUAACAAAAAGGAAGGAGAGACGAAUGCUAUGUCGUCCAGACGAGGAAGGAGUCAAUCAUGGAGAAAGCAACAACGAUAG